AUGGCUGCAUCAUUAGCUAACGAGCUUUCGGAUUUUCCUAUAGCCUCUGUUCAACCACUUUGGGGAAAAACAAAAGAAAACGAUGAGCAUAUGGGAUGGGUUUUUCCAGAUUCAGAUACAGAGGUUCUUGGAGCUGAGAGAGACCAUCUUAAUGGUGCCAAAAGUAUAAGAGAGCUUUAUGAUAUCGCUAACUCAAACUACAUAGGCAAAUACACUGUCCCUGUUCUUUGGGAUAAGAAGCUUAAGACUAUAGUUAACAAUGAGAGCUCUGAGAUACUUCGAAUGUUCAGCACCGAGUUUAAUCAUAUUGCUGAAAACCAUUCUUUCGAGCUUUAUCCUCUCAAUCUCCGAUCCAUAAUCGACAAAACUAACGAAUGGAUUCGCGAUGGGAUAAAUAAUGGUGUUUAUAAAUGCGGUUUUGCUACAAAUCAAGCAGCUUAUAAUGAGGCAGUGAAGCAAUUGUUUAAUGCAUUGGAGAAAUGCGAAGAAAUACUCGAAAAACAAAGGUUUCUUUGUGGAAACACUUUGACUGAACCAGAUAUUAGAUUGUUCGUCACUCUCAUAAGAUUUGACGAGGCUUACGCGGUGAUCUUCAAAUGCGAUAAAAAGCUCGUAAGGGAGUAUUCCAAUCUCUUUAACUACACGAAAGAUAUCUACCAAAUCGAGGGUUUGAGCAGUACAGUAAAUAUGGAUCAUAUAAAGCAAAAUUACUUUGGAAGCUUUCCUUCUUUAAACCCUCUUGGGAUUAUAGCUCAGGGACCAAACAUUGAUUAUUCUUUGUUUCAUGACCGACACAGAUUCUCCUCUGAAACAGCAUAA